AUCUGUGGUAAGUAGCCUACGUACUAGAAUGUAUACAGCCUCUCCGUAGCUUGCAUAACUUUAUAGCUUGCACAACUCUACAGCUCGCAUGACUCUAUAUGCAUCGCACUUUGGAACCGAAUGCCUGAGACGGGACUGCCCGUUCCCGCACAUCCUCGGUCGGCGACGCCAGCCGACGGUCUGAACUGGAAUCGCUAAAGCUUCGUGCCCCCCCUUACUUCGUCUUUCGUUCUGAUCAACCUCUAUUGACCUUCGUCGACCGAAGUCUUGCUCACCUUGCUCCGUCUCCCAUUGCUAUCUCAUUGCUUUCUUCGCUUUCGCAGCUCGCCAACUAUUGCUGGACAAGCAUUCUUUUGUUUUCAACUUAUAUGUCUGUCUCUACAACUCCCGAUUGUGGUCCCGAGAAUCCAUCCAGCGCCGCCUUACCCAGCUCUACUAUCGCGAAGGGUAAACCGGAGGAGAGUGAAAAGUUUAAGAUGCGCCGUGCAAGGAUUCGGAAGCUCGAGCAGGAGCAGGUAGUAGAGGACGAGGUAGCAGUUAGGGUGAUCCAGGCUCUUCAUUCUUCGACAAUCAUGCCUAUCGAGUCGUGCGUGAGGACCGACUUUUGUGACUUGGAUGGCUUGUCUUGGUCGGAUCCUUCGGUUCAAGACCAGACAUAUGAUUAUCGCUACAUCUUGUCACCCGUACCUGACUCUCCUCAUCUCAUCACUCCUGAAAAUGCCCAAGAAGCUGAUGGUCUUCCUUGCUGCUCAGGGCUUGCCAUUGCCGAGCUGGCUUACAGACCUCCCAUCUCCCGCACUGAGUCCGAAUUGACUGUUCGAGGACCGCCAAGUCCGAGUCUCUCCCCUCCUACUUCAUCGUUGGUACCAAAGAUGACUCGCACCUCAUACAGGUCUCCUCCAGGUCUUGAUAUUGACAGUCUGGCUGAGCACGAUACAGUUCGAUUUCCGUCCUAUAUCGGCGCUCGCCACUUGCUCGCUCGCUCAAAACACUUGGGCAAUGUGAAGCGGAUCACACCGUCUCGUAUGCUCGUUGCGAUGCCGAGACUACAGCAGAGGUCGCGGUCUGUUCGUUUGUGAUCGUGAGAGGGGUGAUGUGCUACAUUUUCACCCUGUUUUAGAUGUGUAGUUCACACAAGAGAAUCGAACUAUCCCAGCGACAUAUAUAUAUAUGUGUAUUCCCUUCACCUUGCCCUUUCUCUUGAGCAGCUUCAGGUGUGUGAGUGCUCGGU